AUCCUGAUGAAUUUGAGAGGAUAUAUGAGCCCCUAGAUGUGAAGAGCAAGAAGAUUCACAUAGUGGACAGCGGGCUUACAUUUAACCUGCCCUACCCAUUGAUCUUAAGACCUCAAAGAGGGGUUGAUCUCAUCAUCUCCUUUGAUUUCUCAGCAAGGCCAAGUGAUUCCAGUCCUCCUUUCAAAGAAAUUUUGCUUGCGGAAAAAUGGGCCAAAAUGAACAAGCUUCCUUUCCCCAAAAUAGAUCCCAAUGUGUUUGACCGAGAGGGCUUGAAAGAGUGCUAUGUUUUCAAGCCAAAGGAUCCCUCUUCAGAGAAGGACUGCCCAACUAUCAUCCAUUUUGUUCUGGCAAACAUCAACUUCCGCAAAUACAAAGCUCCAGGUGUCCCAAGAGAAACACAGGAGGAGAAGGAUUUUGCAGACUUUGAUAUUUUUGAUGAUCCUAAUUCACCGUUCUCUACGUUCAACUUCCAGUAUCCCAAUGAGGCUUUCAGGAGGCUGCAUGACCUGAUGGAGUUCAACACCCUCAACAACAUCGAUGCGAUCAAGCAAGCUAUGGUGGAAAGCAUUGAAUAUAGGAAGGAGAACCCAUCUCGCUGCUCGGUGUCUCUCAGCAACGUUGAAGCAAGGAGGUUCUUUAACAAAAGCAACCUCAAUAACAACAACCACACGUAGAGCACGUGCUGCAC